AGAUCUAAGCCACCGCUGUCAAGUAUCGCGUAUAAACAAAAACCAGCGUAUCAAACGCGUACACGUACAAGGUCACGACCUUCGUUCCCCGUACACACUUUGCCGUAGAGACGUCCGCGAUCUGACGCACAGUCGCUCGUGUGUCCUUCCCCUUAGAGGUUGCGAAUCCUUGUUAUUCGAGGGUGAGUUCGGCCAUGUUGUCGAGUUCGGCGACCGGGGACGAUAUAUAAUCGGUAAUUCGCAUCCGCGACGUCCGUGUAUCUUGACUCGGGUGGUCUCCAGCGAACGAUGCAGCACUGAACGAUAUGUCGUUCGCCAAGAAGAGAUCGCGGUCUGGGUACGAUUCUAGUAGCGGUGGAGAGUCCGACAACGAGUACAGUGGCAGCGUCUGUCGUAGUGCCGCUAAUCAGUCGCAGAACCCGGCCGGCACGAACGCGAACACGCACGCGCAUGGGAAACACAUAAACAAAGGAAGGUGGACCAAGUUGGAGGAUGCCUUAUUGAAGCAGUUAGUGAGCAACGCGGAGCAACGGGGCACGGUUCUACGAUGGGACACCAUAGCCGAUCACUUCACGGACCGGAGCGACGUCCAGUGCCAGCAAAGAUGGGCAAAGGUCGUGAAUCCGGAGCUGGUCAAGGGACCGUGGACGAAGGAGGAGGACCAAAAAGUGGUGGAAUUGGUGGAGCGGUACGGGCCGAAGAAGUGGACGUUAAUUGCGCGGCAUCUGAAGGGUCGUAUCGGUAAGCAGUGUCGGGAACGAUGGCACAAUCACCUGAACCCCGGCAUCAAGAAAACCGCGUGGACGGAGGCGGAGGACAGGAUCAUCGUGGAGGCUCACCGCAGGGUGGGCAACCAGUGGGCGAAGAUCGCCAAGUUGCUGCCCGGAAGGACGGACAAUGCGAUCAAGAACCACUGGAACAGCACGAUGAGGCGGAAAUACGAAGCGGAGGAGGGGAGGUCCGCCGCCGGAACCAGAGGUCGAAGCAGAAGAAAAACCGCGGAGUCGUCGGUGACAUCGAAAGACACCCUCUGCGUGAAGGAGGAGGUGGCCGGCCAUGCUCGCCUGAAAGCGCCGUCCACGAGCAACGAGAACGCGACGAUUCUAACGACCGCACAGGCGCAAACCCUGGACAUUGACCAGCUGGACUGGACCAGAGCCUGGGAGAAUCAACAGACCGCACAGACCUUCCAGAGUCUCCUUAAUCUGAACGAACGCGCGCAUAGCAAUGAGUCCCGGUUGGGCUCGCCUUCGAAGAGAGAAGGCACUUCCGUUAAAGUCAAGACUGAACAAAUAUCGCCGUUCACCAAGUAUUUCGAUUUACAAAUACAGGGUGAAGCAACCAGUUCGAGAUCCUCGGAAAUCAGACUAAUGCCUAUGCCAGACCUGGAAGAAAUGUCGGCCAGCAUGACGGAGAAGGAACGAAGCAGCCCACCGCCUAUUCUCCGCAGACGUAGAAACACACAGACCCUUCAACAGAGAACGGACACCCCCGACAGCGGGAACCAGUCUGAUUAUUUGAUAAUAACGCAGCAGCAGCCGCAACAUCAGCCGCAGAUAGGCGACACAACCCCGUCUACUCCUAUCAAACAACUGCCGUUCAGUCCGUCACAGUUCUUGAACAGUCUGAGUCCAGAAACGUCUUCAUGGCCACGGGCGAGCACCCCUAAGGGGAGCAGUCCUGGUCCACUCACCACUCCGCAACCGACCGGUCUUCGACGUAGUCAGAAUGAUGGCAAUACGCCGAGGACGCCAACGCCGUUCAAAAACGCUUUAGCAGAGCUGGAACGGCGUAGCGGCGCGACUACUCAGUUACCUGCUACCCCCAGUCGUCUGGAUGCUUUAACCGAAAUCAUCAAACAGGAAACGGAUCGUGAAAGCUUAGCAGGGACCAGCGCUAUCCUUCAAGAUUCUGGUUACAGCACGAUAAGACGAAGGGGUAAAGAGAACAGCGCUCCUGGUGGGAAGAGGGCACGGAAAGCUCUCUGUCAAGCUUGGGCGAACGCUUCUCAGGAUAAUUCAGAAAUGAGUUUCGUUGUAGAAACACCCAGUAAAAGUUUGGACACAUCGGUAUUAUUCUCACCGGCAUCCAUGGCACUCGAGGAUAGUUUCUUAACAGCAGGGACUAGUCCUGUAAAGACUUCCCACGACUUUGCGUCCGUACAGCGGAAGCCUAGCGCCAAGAGGGCGAUCACGUUUGAUGCGUUCGACAGUCCCUGCUGUAUUCUCAGCCCUCUGCCACUCAGGCCAGUCAAACGUGCCAAGUUACAGUUAGAGGCGCAGUGGACAACAGUGGCUUGCGGACGCACGCGCGAUCAACUCGAAAUGACCCGAGCCGCCCGGCGAUUUCUCAGCAGCCACGGUUACCUGCCGCUGCGUCCCCGUUCCCUGAAUUUCUGAGAGCGUUUCUACAGCCGUAGGAGCCUCGGUCGCACUUCGUGGUACAAAGGAAAAACGCGACAUUGAACUAGUCGUAGUUUAAAACUAUACGGCGCUUCCGUUUAAGGAAUAUGGCCUUCUGUGUUUUUUUUUCUCUAUCG